AUGUAUUCGCAUCGCUUCGUUUUGUUCGCUUUCAGCCUCGUCGCGGGCAUCGCAGCGUUAUCUUACUGUCCACCCAUCGAAAUUAUCGAUUACUAUGAGAGCCAGAACGAGAAUGGCAGCAACAGUCGGAAGAACUACAGCUAUUCCUUUCCCCUAACGCCGAUCAAUGAGUUUGCCCUGACGAGGGAGCUGUGCGUGCAGAGCGAUGGCCUGCCUUUGGUGCGAAAAUGCCUUGCGAAUCAGCAGUGGGCGCAGUUGGACAGGAACAUCGGCUGCCGGCCGAGCCAGGGAAUGGCCGUGGAGAGCCAGAGCCUAAGCGAAUUGCAGUACGAGCUGAGCAUGGGCAUAUCGGAGCGUUCCUCCUUCAUCGACUAUCCGCUAGCUGUUAUGAGAAACGUCAGCGAUCUGAUCGCUCAGAUGGAUGCCAAAAUUGAGCCUGUCGAUGUCUUGUCUAUCAACAAAAUAAUCGAUCGAGUGGUGAACGAGCCGAAGGAUAUGGCUGCCUGCAUCCAAAUGAUUCGUGUCUACAGUGAUCUCAUGGGCGCGAAUAGUUCCGUGCUGGAGCUCUCCGCUCGGCUGAACGCCACCAACGAUCUGCUCUAUAAGUUCGAGGACUACACGAAUGGCCUGGCGCCGCAGCUGAAGAGCUGCAACGAGCCCAUCGCAGUCGAUCCGACGCAGGAGCUGGUCGAUGUCAAGAUGCACAAUGGUGUCCAGGCCCUGAUUGGCAAAGUGCUGAGUGUGUUCUAUCUGUUUCCCGAGUGCAAUGCAUUCACGGGCAUUGCCAUUUACACGAAGCCAGGUCCGGGACGUGAGGGUUGUCCACAUCAUGGCUUCUGGUAUCGUUUUCUCUAUUCCAAUCAGAGUCUGAACGCGCUCAGAGAGGAGCCCGAUCUCCUAACGGCCAGCUACUUAACUAGAGAGCUGUGGGAAGCUCUCCAAGUUGCCGGAGCUACCUAUAUGGUUUUCAAGAUCUAUGCGAAUAAUGCCCUCUUUGUGGAUCUAUCAGCGAGCAACACAGGCGCAAAGCCAGCGAGUCAUGUGCUCUCUAUUAAUAUACCUCAAGUUUCCCCACACUUGCCUUAUCCCUUGGCUUUUCUGCUGCGCAACGAGGACUUUGAUGAGGCAUUUAGGAAGAGGAAACGAUUCGAUGGCUACUGCGCCUACUGGAACUACGGCAACUGGACGCAGCAAGGCAUAACUACCGACACAAUGAAUUUGUCCAGCAGUCCGAUCGUAGCUUGCUUCACGCAUCACUUGACGCAGUUUGCCUUCCUGGUGGGUGCCAGCAACAAGCACCGGAACUGUAGGUACGGGCUGGAUCGCCUGGAAUGCCUGCUGGAUACGACAACAGCCGUCGGCUGCAGCCUGUCGCUGUUCGGCUUGCUGAUGAUCUGGCUGACGGCGGCCAUCUCGAAGAGAUGGCGUUCGCUGCAGUCCACCAAGCUGCUGCUCAACAUGUGCGUGGCCCUGACUCUGCUCUUCCUGCUCAUGCUGCUGCUGUACGUGAAUGAGUGGGCCAUUCGCUACUCCUUCGAUCGGGGCUCUUGGGCUUGCAUUGCCCUGGGCGCCGUGUUCCAGUACGCCGUACUGUUCCUCUUCAGCUGGAUGCUGCUCGUCGGCCACCUGCAGUACCGCAAGCACGUCACAGUGCUCGUCGCUCCCACGGAGAACAUUGUGGGGCGCCUGGCUGCGAUUGCGUGGACGAUGCCAUUGCUGCCCACUCUCGCAUUGCUACUCGUCGAUCCCGAGGCGUAUUCGCCCGUCCUGUCCGGGGAAUUCGCAUCGGUCUGCUAUCCGGCCGGUGCGGGUCUGAUCUACGGCAUCCUGCUGCCCAUUGGCCUGGUGCUGGGCGCCAAUGUCUUCACCUUCGGCUGCAUCCUCUUUCGGGUAUCUCGGCUGCGGCAUCGCAACGGCCAACUGAUCUGGCAGCAAUUCCGGCUCUUUCUGCUGCUCUUCUUUCUGCUCGGCCUGACCUGGAUCUUCGGCCUCUGUGCCUACUUCAACUUGGGCUUUUCGCUAAAGUUUCUCUUCUGCCUGUUGGCGACAGUUCAGGGCUUUGUUGUCUUUGUUUACUUUGUGGUAUUUGAUAGAUACGCAAGAGCUGCAUGGGUACAGCUGCUGAUGGGACAGCCGACAGCUAAUGUUGAUUUCAGAUGA